AUGGGCGGGCCGAAAGAGAGUGUGAAGGAGCAUGGUCCUCGCGCAACAUGGAGACCAGUAUCAGGAAGGCACGAGCGGAAACUUGCGUUAGAGGACUAUCUACGUUCCGAGUCCCCUUUGUCAGGCGCCGUGCCCAAUACACUCCCUCCCUGGAUCAAUAAGUUUACACCGAUGUGGCUGAGGGAAGUAUGCCAAUGCGCGGAAUGUGUCGACCCGUCUACCCUGCAGCGACGCACACGCAGCACCCCCCUUGGGCCUGAGGGGUACCGUGUCAGGAGUAUAACGUACGAUCCUGAUCAGAAAAAUGUGUUUCUCUUAUGGGAUGACGAACACAAGACGCACUUCAGCAUGGAUUUCCUCAGAGCUCACGCCAACCGGCCGGCAUUGAUGAUGGAACACAGAGCCCCCUUCCGCCGGCAGGUCUGGUCGGCGACCGACCUUCCUGCAGAGCCUCUCAGUUUCCCUCUUAGCGAGGGCGAUAGGAAGCUGGCGCUCCUACGGCUUAUGCAAUACGGCAUCGUUUUCCUCAAGAACGUACCGAGGGACGGAGAAGCGAUCUGGGACGUGGCCAAAGCGUUUGGAGAUGUGAGACCGACGUUUUACGGCCAGACAUGGGACGUGAAGAGCGUACCUAACAGCAAGAACGUGGCGUACACUGACCAGCUACUGGGGUUCCACCAAGAUCUGCUGUACAUGCGCAACCCACCCGCUUACCAGAUCCUCCACUGUAUAGACAACCAAGUGUCCGGCGGCGAAUCCGCGUUUAUCGACGCCCUCCGCCCGGCGUAUACGCUCGCCUUCAGCGAUCCGGACAAGUUCAAGCUGCUCACAAUGCGUCCCAUCCCCUUCCAGUACGUCAACGAUGACCAACGCUGGCACUGUAACCAUACGACCAUCGAGCUCCGACCGUUAGGAGACGGAGGUGAUGGGUACAACGCCGAGGAACCCUGUCUAGACAUGAACGAUUCUGUCAAACUUCUCAAACUGCCAAACUUCGAGUCCACCGUGGCGCAUAUCAACUACUCCCCUCCGUUCCAAGGACCGAUAUCCCUCAACUCCCCGAAUGCGGUGUUUGACGCGCUGCGCGUAUUUGGGGAACUGUUAGAAGAGCCCGAAGCGAGGUACGAGUGUAAGCUCGAGGAGGGCGAAGCAGUGAUAUUCGACAACCGAAGGGUGUUGCACGCCAGGAAAGGGUUUGACGGGAACCAGGGCCCGCGCUGGCUCAAGGGCUGUUACUUGGACCUGGACUCGGUGGUGAACACUUGGCGGAGGCAUGGCCCCGGAGGGACAGGGGAGAUUGUUGAUGUUGUCAGUGCGGACUUGGCCAGGGCGGGAGAGGAAGAGUGA